CCACGAAGGGUGUCGUUGUUUUUCAAUUCGAAUUUGGAUACAUCGCUCAACAAAUUCGCACACAUACAAGCAGCAUUCCGUAGUGUACUCGUACAGUGCGCUAAGUUGGGUGGUGGUUUUUGAGUAUAUAGCAUUGGUAUUAACUAUAAGCUCUUGUGCUACCGGCAAAUUCAGCAUCGGAAUUGUUGGAGCAGCAUUCCAGUAUGACGCGCGUUGCCAUCCACAACGAGGCGACGCGACAAAGUACGACUUCCGACGAUCCGCACACAGUUAAACGGCUUGCUUUUCGCAGUCGGGAAUAUAUACCUGUACAAAAAGUUUAGCUUAACCAUUCCGCAACUAUCGCGACGUACACCCUUCACAAUAUUUAGUAAUUAUCAUCACAUUACUGAAACUGGUUGACGCGGAACUCGCGAACGGAGUCGAAUUCGACCGCGAAAGUGCUUCGCUUUGCAAUAAAAAGAAAUGUGCAUAAAAGAAUAAUAGAAGGUGUAAUAGAUAACAUAUUGAAUUUAGUGAUUUAAUACAAAAUCGACAGCAAGGUUUUUAAUAAAUUUGUAAAAUAUCUAAUAUAUUGAAUAAUUAAUCGAAACAAUAAAUAGUGUAAAUCUGUGCGUACAUAGUAUUUUCAUUGACAUAUACAUAAUAUAUGAGUGUUGUACAUAUAAACAGCAUCAAUUAAAAAAGCAAAAUAAUAAAAAAAGUGUUUUGGUUAAUAAACCAGCAAUCUUAUAACAGUGUGUGUGUGAAUCAAAACUAUCUCUAAAUGAGAAUGGAAGACCCAAACCUCGCCGAACAGUAUGUGCAGGAAUUCGUGCUCGAUCACCUCGAGGACGGUUCUGCAACUGUUACAGCUAUCGGAGUGAAACGUGAAGAUCACAGUCCAUCGGCAGCCACAAAAAUCGCUUGGACAACUACAACAAUCACGCCAGAAGAAGAGGAAGCAACUGAUCCACCCGCCAUCAAGAUGCGACCCUUCCCACAAAGUUGGCACAUUGACGAUCGCCGGUUACAGCCAUUGUCUCCACCACCUGAAAUCUAUACGCACGGACCUAUGGCUGGACAGGCGAUCCUUGUGAACACAUCAGUGCCGGGUGGCGUGCCAUCGACACCACCUGAGACACCACCAGUUAUUAGCUCACCCAACGGCAGUACUUGUGCCCAAACGUAUGCAACAAUUACAAGUGCUCCGUAUCCAACACAUCGGCCACCAACCAGCGCUGGUCUAACACAAGAAAUGAUGUGGCUACCGAACUCAAUGCGUUCAGAUCCUCAGCCAUUGGACUUACGACCGCUUGCAUGCCCUACUCAUGAGGAGGAGUGGGAGCGACAACGUGAAUAUAUGCAUGCCUCAGCGGCAGUGGCGGCCGCCAGUCAUCAUCAUGGACACUUGGUGGCACAAUCCCAACACCAUCCGCAUCACCAUCAUUUUCAACCACUAGAGCACUUAACACCCAUAAAUAUGCAUACUUCUUACCACAGCGCUAUACCCAACGGCGCUACAAGUCUUGGCGGUGGCGUCAAUGGCAGUCAGGCGCCAUCUAUCGCGCCAAUUACCACCUCUGUUGUGCAUCUCAACCGUCCUAUGUCGGUCUGCUCAACGCGAUCAUCCACAAAUUCACCGCGCACCUGCUCCAGACAAUACAGCACUUCCAGUAAUUUAGGUCUUGACGACUGUAUAAGUGAUGAUCUGCUAACCACACUGAGCGUACGAGAAUUAAAUAAACGCCUGCAUGGGUGCCCCCGUGAAGAAGUGGUACGGCUCAAAGCUAAACGUCGCACGCUGAAAAAUCGUGGCUACGCACAAAGCUGCCGCUCCAAACGCCUACUACAACGACACGAGUUAGAGAAAACCAAUCGACAGUUGAAUCAGGAUCUACAUCGUUUGAAAUUGGAAUUUUCGCGUGUAUGUCAAGAGCGCGAUCAUUUGAAACAACGUCUGCAAAUGCGCACGAGUAGUGGUAGUGGUGGCGUAAUUGCCGCUCUAUCAAAUUCUACCGAUGGCAGUACACCAGGUGUGAUCACCGUCGGUCAACCGCAUUUAAAUGCAGAUAGUCAAAAUUCACCGGAGUUCUAUCUCUGACGCCAACUAGCAAUCGGGGGACAACAUGCGGCAGCAGCCGCUGCCGUAGCUGCAGCGUCCAACCAUCAUCCGCCACACACGCCAUCCGCACAUCCGCACGCACAUCAAUGGCCAUCGCGCUACCAUCAGCAUCUACACCAACAACCAGCAAGCACUGCAACAAUAUGAAUUUUAUGUCGCAAAAAUUAUUAAAUCUAAUAUAAUUAGCGUACGCUUGUAUUUAGUGAAAAUCAUUAAAAAUAGUAAAUAUUACCUAGGACUUUACUGUGACUUUAAGCGACAAACACAUCAGUGUUCUAGUAUACUCGUAUGUAAGUAAAAUGGACACACGUGGUUAUUUGACACAAUUUGACCAUCACACAUAUUGCAUCGAAUAACAAAUAAGCAUAUCCCCAAACCACUUGCAGUUGUAAUAAACUCAAUUUUUUUAAUCGGAUCAGUUCC